CUUAGUGUAGUCAUCUCCGCGUUGUUUUGAAAGAGCUGGGAAACCCCUAUCACCUCGUUAUUCAACUCCACUGGCUUGACUAGUUCAUUUCAACGCUGGCGUAAUCUAUCACAGACAAAGAAGAACCUGAGUAGAUACUGACAUUGAUAAGGACCGGAACUUAAGGUACCGGAGGUCAUGAGCACCUUAGCCCAAAAAUGGCUAGUCCCAGAUUGCCCGUCAUCAAAUCCAAAGCCUGACUCAGCAAAAUUAGGUUUGCGCAAAGAAUAUCCAGAACAAUCCAAAGCUCCUCAAAACCCGCUCCCUUCAGCUCACAAUCCAAGUCGCGAGACAACACCUCCGUCGCCCACAUCCGCUUGCCAUAAUAUUCUCAAAGAGACAGACGUCGAAAACCACCUACCUACCAUGUCUCGCGAAGCUUACCAGGUUCCUUCCUCUUUGGGCGGACAGAAUACCUUUGACUCCGGUGCUGGCUCCAUGGAUGGCCCUAUGGUUGCCUAUCUAUGCGGCGAGUGCAACGCUCGUGUCUCGCUGAAGAGGGGUGACCAGAUCCGCUGCAAGGAAUGCGGUCAUCGUGUGUUGUACAAGGAAAGGACGAAGAGGUUGGGUUUUUCUUUUUUUUUUUUUGUUCUUGACAAAGUUUUAAAUUGGGUGUUUGCUGACUUUGUUUGGUUCUACAGAAUGGUUCAGUUCGAAGCUCGGUAAAAUGGGAUAGACCGGUUGCGCGACGUUGGCUUUAUAAUUUUUUUACGAUCGUAUCGUGAUAUGCAUUCAGGUGGCGCCUUGGAGUUCGAUGGGACAAAAAAAAAAUUGAAUAUAGCGAUGCGGCGAUGGUUCUGCAGAUGACCUUUGUUGAAAGGGACUCGUUA